AUGGCGCCGCUCCGCCGCUACCUGCGCAUCACCAAGCACUCCGCGCUCGAAGUCCGCAUCUAUCUCGACAACCCGGCGCAUGCCGAGACUUGGCUGCUACGUCGCAACGAUCCUGCGCUGCCCCGUAUCAUCGAAGCUGUCAGGCCGCUCGUGCUGCCAAAACUAUGGGAGGAGAAAGAGCGUUCCGAGCGGAGGGGCAAAGGCAAGAAGGGCGUGAAGGAUGUGGUCGCUGGAGAUGACUUUGAAGUUUCCAUUUUCCUGACGGAUAAUUCCACGCCCCACGCGCUGCUCACCAAGCAGAAGACGUUUCAAGACAAGCCACGCAUGAAGAGCAACUCGGGCAAGUUGACUGGCUGGCUGACCACCGGUGGCACUAGCGACAAGCCUGUCGACGUCGACGCCGGUGACCGUGAUGCUCCCGUGACACUCCGCGAGGAAGAUGAUGAAGAAGCGCCAGUCGCACUCUCUGACAUACCUGAGGCACACUCCGAAACUUCCCGAGCCGGAAAGCGCCGGCGUCGUGAGAGUGGCAGCGAAGACCUCUUUGUCAACGAGUCGUCUAGCGCAUCUGAAGAUGCUUUCGAUAAUGCGCUGGUCAAUAGUCGUACGAGAAAACGUGGACAAGCAAAAGACAAAUCUCAAGAGGAAGACGCGGAGGGCACGGAUGACAAGAAGAAACUCUCGCUCAACACAUCAUAUGAUGGCUUCAGCAUUUACGGACGCAUAUUAUGUCUCGUGGUCAAGCGCAAGGGCCACGUCGCGCGCAGCGGUGGUGGCUCAACAGCCAGCGCAACAUCAGCCCAAGGCACGGCAAAUACCCAGCAGAUGAUGAAGAGUUGGGUAUCCACGCAGGCGGCUGGCAACUUAGGCGGCGACGACGAGGGCGAAGAUUGA